CUUAAUUCAAAGACUUUUGAGAUGAAUCAGAAGGUAUUUGUGGAACUUAAAAUCUGUCGGGGAUGCUUAAAUUGUAAUACUAAACUAAUAGAACCGGAUGAGGAUAUUUUAAAGAAUUUUAGUUUCUUAUUAAAUGAGCAAUCAUCAUCGUCGUCUAAUAUUCUACCAAAAACGUUCUGUGAGAAGUGCAUAACUAAGAUACAGGUGUCAUCAAGAUUUAAACGUCAAAGUAUAGAGAGCGAGAAGUACUUGCUUACCUUUUUGUCAAAGAUUAAUCUAGAGUUUACGACAUCACUGUCUAAUUUAUCGAGGAACCAGCAACAAGAUAAUCAAGAGGAUCUAGACUUCAUUUUACAAGAUGAAACAAUUGAGCAUGAUUCGAAAUCACAAGAACCAGAAAUACAACAACAACAUCCAGAACCAAAAAUGUCAACAUCAUUUACACUCAAAGAGGAACCAAACAAAUCCACGAUUAAGCUAAAUCAAUCGCCUAUAAAGAUUAAUGAAAAAUUGCCAAUUAAAAUGAUUGAGAAGACACCUAAAACACAGCAAAUUGUCACUAUUGAGAAAGUUCUCGAGCCAUCAUCACAUUCCGUGACUGCCCAUCUGGAUUCAUCUGAUAUGUAUGUAGAUGAUGAUGAACAGCAUAUUGAGGAAGACGAUAAUAUAUUUGACGAUAAAGAGAUUUAUGAUAUAAUGGAAAUCGAUGGAAAUUAUGUGGACGAAGCAGGAAAUCCAAUACUCGAGAGCAGUAAUGGCGAGAGUUGCCAGGAAGAUGAUGAAGGUGGUGAAUUUAUUCUUGUUAAUUAUAAAUCAUCAGAAGACUUAUCAACAGACAAAGAUCAACAGUUUAUUGUAGAGGAAAUGUAUAGCUCACAAAUGAUUGAUGAGAAGCCUCUUCGAAAGAAGCACAUGAAACGAAUGCCCAAAGAAAUAAUCGAGAGAUAUGCUCAAUCGACUGAUAAUAACCAGCACAUAUGUACGAAAUGUGUUAAAGUAUUCUCAACCAGAACUAAUCUAAUAAGACACAUCCAGAGUCACGAUGGAAAUAAGCCAUAUGUUUGCAAUGUCUGUCAAAAAGGAUUUACUCAGUCUGGUAGUUUAAAGCAGCAUAUGUAUAUACACAGUGGACAGCGACCUUACAAAUGUACAUUCUGCGACCGAGCAUUUACACAAGGAAAGACUUUAAAGUUCCAUUUGAGGAAACAUAUGGACGAGAAGCCAUUCAUUUGUUCUGAAUGUAAUGGAGCAUUUCGACAACGGGAUGGUUUAAAGAGGCAUCUCAAGACAAGGCACAACAUUGAACUGAAGUAUGAACGUCCAAAUCAAUUGGAUGACAAAAUUAUAGCUUACGUGAAUAUGGAUGAUAAGUCACAGUCCGACGAGAAGAGUGAGAUUUUAGAGAUAAUUGAAGAAAAUGAAAAUAAGCAGAUGUAAAUGCAAUACUACUAGUAUUAUAGUUUAUUAAUUAAGGAACAUCUCAUCUUACAAUAAUAGAUUAAAUUUCCUUCUUAAUUCAAAUAAAAUUAUGGCUAAUGCAUUUGAAAUGUUGAGACUAUUUGCAGUGCUUUCAAUUGGAAUAUUGACUACCUUCCAAUCUCUUGUUUUUGCAAAUGAUAAAGCUUCUUUGCUGAUUCCUUGUGAUUCACCUCCGACAAUUACACAAAACUGACCUUUAUUCGUUAUUAAUUCGUCGGGUAUUUUAUCAUAAUCUAGCACGUUCUCAGAUUUAUAUCUACUUAAAUUAUUAUCAGCUAUUAAUACAAGAUCAUCAGACCCAAUUUUUUGAUCCAUUUCCUCCCACGAUAAUUGUGUCUGAGUUGGAAGAUGAAAGACUGAUCCAGAACUUCCUCGUAUGCUUUUUGUAUCCCAAAUGUCGACAUUACCUUUUGGAAGAAGUAAUUCCGAUACAGGAAGGCUAUUACAGACUCUAAUGAUUGCUCCAAUGUUAUUUGGUUCUUUACAUCCAUCAGAAAUGACUGUGAUUGGAAGAGCAUUAGACUUUUUUGGAAUUAAUUGCGGUUUAUCAAAAAUUGCUAUUAAUCCAGGGCAUGUUGUUAGUGCUGAAUAAAAUGUCAAGUCCGUUUGUGGAACUUUUAAAUUCUCUAUUGAUUUGACUACAUUAUUUCCAACUAUUUUAGCUAUAUCCUUAUAAAAAUCAUUCAAUUUCCGGAUAUCGCUAAAUAUAAAUUUAUCUGGCUUCAAAUGAGCUUUUAAUGCUUCCUUAAUCAAAACAUUUCCUUCAAUAAUAAUCUUCUGAUCUCUUUGCUUUCGUUUCUUGCUUUUGAUGGUUAAUAUUGUCUCUGACAAAUCUCGAUCAUUUAAUUUAAGCUUUUUAAACUGUAUGCCACUGUCUACAUCAUUAAUUUCUGGAGAACUAGCUAAUUGUGCCUUAUUAAAAUUAUAUGCACAAUUUGCUAUUGCUCUAGUUAUAGAUGAAUUAAAUAUAAAUUUGUUCAGCAUGUCUGAUAUUGUUUAUGGGCGAUUCUACAUGACGCACACUGUCGGUA